CCGAGGCCUCUCCGGGAAGGCCAUGACUGCCCGGUCAUUAUUGGCCGCCGUCGGAACCGAGCGAGGGCUGCGUGCGGAGAGGGGCGCUUGCCAUGGCCGACGCGGCUCUCCUCUCGGCACUCUGCGAGGAGACGACCUGCCCCAUCUGCCUGGAGCACUUCGCCGAGCCGGUGACCCUCGACUGCGGGCACAAUUUCUGCCGCGCCUGCAUCUCCCACUACUGGGAGGAAUUCGACCUCGCCACCACCUGCCCCCAGUGCCGAGAAGUUAUCCUCCACCGGGACCUGAGGCCGAAUCGGCAGCUGGCGAACGUCAUAGAAAUAGUCAAGAAGCUUGAGGAGCGAACGAGGGCGGGCCGAGGGGAGAAGGGGAGGGGGUUGUUGUGUGAAAGGCACCCCCGGGAGCCCCUGAAGCUCCUCUGCCGGGAGGAUGGAGAAGCCCUCAUCUGUGCGGUGUGCGACGGAGCCCGAGAGCAUCAGGACCAGGACGUGGUGCCGCUGGAAGAGGGAGCCCCGAAAUACAAGGCAUGUUUAGAAGCGGAGAAGCAGAAGAUCACAUUCGGUUUUGAACGAAUGCACACAUUUCUUCAGGAAAAACAGCACCUCAGGCUGGUCAACCUCAGAGGCCUGGUGAAAGAGCUCAAGGAGAGGGAGGGUGAAAUUGUCAGUAUGCUUUCUGAGGAGAUUUGCCAUCUCAGCCGCCUUGUAAGAAAGACAGAGAGAAAGGUCCAGCAGGUGCCAACUGAGUUCCUGCAGGAGGCUGGAAGCACUAUGCACAGGUAUGAGGAAGGGCAAGAGAGACAGGUGGUGGAAUUUUCUCAAGGGCUGGAGGAGAGACAGAGAAUUUCCUCUCAGAAACACUCAAAAGCCAUAGAGAACUGCCAAGAGUUGCUGAAUCAAGCACUGAACAAAGUGAAUGCGACUCUGGAUCCAGACACGGCAAAUCCCUUCCUCAUUCUGUCCGAGGAUCUGAAGAGUGUGCGAAGGGGGAGCAGAUGUCAGAAUCUGCCUGACACCCCUCAGAGAUUUGAUAUCAUGAUGUGUGUGCUGGGCCAGGAGAGGUUCACUUCAGGAAGACAUUGGUGGGAGGUGGAAGUGGAGGAAAACCUCGGAAGGUGGGCCAUGGGGGUUGCGCGAGAGUCAAUCCGGAGGAAGGGCCUCGUCCCUGUUAGCCCUGAUGAGGGACUGUGGGCCAUGGGCCAGUCAUUCAGCUACUCCUCCUCACCCUGUCAAUUUUUGGCUUUUACUUCCCCCCAGCCAACCCCUUUGACCUUGAGACAUAAACUCAGGAAGAUCCGAGUGUCCCUGGAUUACAGAAAGGGCUGCGUGGAAUUUUUUGAUGGCGAUGCAAACAAUUUGAUCUUCGCUUUCCUUUCAGCCUCGUUCUCUGGGGAGAGGAUCUGCCCCUUUUUCCGGGUAUGGAAAGGGGCCAAACUGAAGUGCUGCUGACUUCAGAAAGGGAAACCCUCACUCCACCCCCAUCACCAUUCCAACCUAGGUAUUCCCUCGCUAACCAGCCUGUUUUUCGUACACUCAGUUUGGCUAGUUUCCAGAUUAGAUCUGUUUGUUUGUAGGCUUACAGAUAGCUUUGAGACUAACCUUCUGGGCAGCUUCUUCCGUGCAGCUAAAAACCAAACCAAAACAGGGCUGCUUCUUCCUUACAUUUUCACGGUGAUAUCACAAUGUCCAAGAGUCAAUCAAAUUGGCCAGUGAGGUAAUGUUACGGAGGGCAGAGCUCGCCAAUCGGUUGACCUCACACUCAUUAUGGGCACACAGAUGCCAAGGAAGGAGGAAAGAGAAGCUACUGCUGUUUCCUGAGCAGCCAUUGGAAAGGAAGUGCAGGUACUAUUUUGGUAGCUACCAGUGACUUCUGGGCUGCUACACAUUGUGGAAGAGGGGUAGUUCAAUUGCCACUGUACCUGCCAUUACCAUCAAGCAUGGCCACCCGCAGCUCAAAUCCUGCACCCUACUUCCAGACUUCAUCUUUAUUUGUUGCCUGCAACAUCAGUAGGGGGGGGGAGGGUCUGCUUUAUUUAUAAUUAUUUAUAAUGGGGGACAGGGGCAGACUCUGGCCCUUUGCUCUAAUUCUUUUUAGUGCUCUAUCAUAUAUUAACCUACUGUUCUUUGUAUUCAAAACUCAGCCUCCGUGUUUCUCUUCUGUAAAAUGGGUGCAUUAUUCUCCAGAAAUUCUUCUCCAUGCAUAAUUCUGUGGCAACAGCUGAGCUCACCUGCUUGGGAUCUUUGCGACUCUGAACUGUUAGAUUGCUCUGUGCUGGCCUAAUAUCAUGUAUUGCUCGCUCGUAGCUUGUAGGAAUGCAGAAAUUAUACGUCUUAGACGGAGUAUUCCCUGCUAGUCCCUUACUCCUGAGCUCUGCCUUGUUAAAAGUGCAGUAGUAUUUUAAUGGAAUAUAAGGUCUGCUUUGGAAACGGCUUUUUGUCUCUUCUGUCCCCUACUACCCAGAAGCCUUUGUUUGCUCAGGAGGAUCUUUCCGCACUGCAUACUUUUGUGAUUUGUAUAAUGUUUUCCUGGCAAGUUAACGGCCAGGCAGGAAAAAUACAGUAACUGCAGAGGGCCAAACCAGAUCUCUCUGUGCCCGACGCCAAAAACGCAAUUGCCUCCCUCCCAAUA